AUGGGAAUACCUGCUGAUCGUUCUGCUCGUUCAAUUUUUGUUGGAAAUAUUUCUUAUGAUGUUAAUGAAGAGGAAAUUAAAAAAAUAUUUUCUGCGUGUGGACAAAUCAUUGGUUUUCGUUUAAUGUAUGAUAGAGACACUGGAAGGCCUAAAGGUUUUGGUUUUUGUGAAUUUACGGAUGUGCAACAUGCUGAGGCUGCUAUACGGAAUUUUAAUGGUUAUGAAUUACACGGAAGACAGUUGAGGGUGGAUUCGGCGACGGGAAAUGAAUCUGAGCAACAACAACAAUUCCAACAAUUUCAAAUUCCAGUAAACCCACCCCAACCAGUUAUACCCAUUCCUGAAGAAAAUCCUUAUGGACCAGAACCCGAACCUGGAAAAGCUCCGGAAGCCAUUGCUCGAACUGUUGCUUCUAUGCCGCCUGAAAAAAUGUUUGAAUUAAUGAGGUCGAUGAAGGAGACUGUUAAUAAUAAUCCGCAAAUGGCUAGGCAACUUCUUAUUGAAAAUCCACAACUUGCUUAUGCUCUUUUACAGACUUCAAAAUUGUUUUGA